UUUAUUUGGUCAAAACAAUAAAAAACGAAAGCUGCCCCCCCCUCUACCGUUAUGUCUUCCGACUGGGAGGUUGUUGGCAAACAGAAGAAAUCCCGUAAACAGACGGGCGGCGACAAAAAAACGCAAUCCCAGAAUGCAUCCGAGAGUGCUCCAAAAAUAGAAGAUUCGGUUGACAUGGAUGAAAUUUGUUCCCUGUAUACGGAUGUGAAGGACGAAGUGUUUGCCAAAUUUAACGGCUUGAAGAACGCGGCAAACGGUGGGAAGGCCGACCCGAAAAAGACUGCUAUCGCCGCGAAUGGCAAACGCACGGCAACACCUGUACGCGAUCAGCAGCAGCAGCAACCGGGCGGCAACAAAAGCAAUCCGAGGGAGCCAGAACCCGCCAAACAGACGGGUUCGUCGAAGCCAUCGUACAGGAAUUUGGAUGCGGCCUUACGUGCGAUCAGUGCACCCGAUCUGCACUCCCAGCUUACGGCCGUGAACGUGAGCUUCAAGGACAAUCAUUUGAUGCUGUUGAAGGCGCUAACUGGAAUACUGAACGACAAGCUGCGGGUGGAGGAGACGGACCCACUGUACACCAACAAGCCGGUUAGCUAUCCGUACAAAUCGAUGCCCGAACCGUUGCGUGAUGUUAUCGACGAUUGUAUUCGGAAAACGAACGAGGAAAAUGGGAAAUAUUUUUACGACCUAACGCUAUCGAAUUUGGCCAGCGACAUGAACAAGGGUUUACCCUAUCUCGGCCACAAGCUAAUACUGCAGGCAUUGGCAAUUCACUAUCCGGCGGCCUGCGUUAACAAUCUGGCCCGCAAUGCAAUACUGCGAAAUUCGUACCAGAAUCGUAACAAUAUUGGACUAAACUUGCUGUGGGCUUUGGGGCAGGGCGGUUACAGUGAUCUGGAUGUAGGUUUGAAGGUGUGGCAGGACAUAAUGGUGCCGGUGAUGGAGCUGAAAAACUACAACCGAUACACGUGUGAAUAUGUACAGCGUAUCCUCAAACUGCAUCGUUCGCACAGACUCAAUCUAGGCGGCAGCGAGUUUCUCACCAUCCUGAGCUCAUUGACGACACAGCCAAAAGCGAACCGAGAGCUGGAUGAAGCCGCCCAACUGCUGGUCGAGCGGUACGUGUUUAGCGCGCCGAAAGCGUCGGCCACGUUCGCGAUGCUGUUCAAGAACAUCUCCUUCAUCACGCGACCGGAAAUGAUUUACUACGGGCUGGCGCUGUGCCUUUUGGAAGAUCCCGAAAGUGCUGCCGUGUGGUUAGGUCUGUACCGGCACAAUGUGGAUACUUCGCUCGCAAUUCUGAGCUACCUAAAUACUUCGACUCAAAAAUAUUGUAGUAAAUUAUUAGGGGAGGAUCAUUUUAUAAGAUUCUUAGCGGAGUUGGAUAAAAUUAACGAAGAGCUGCUGCAAUCUAAGAAGAAAACGGAAGGACUGAAAACGGUUACGAGCAUACUAAAGGAAGUUCAGGGCAAAUCGAAGAAGAAGCAAUCGUCCAAAGCGAGCAGUAAAUCUUCUUCCUCGGUGACGUCCAUCCUCUGCAGCUUCCUGCUGGCCACAUUCCUGCUGUUCGGUGUGACAGGCGCACUCAUAGGCUAUGACACGUACCGGGCCGGCGGCAAGUUUGAGGCUUCGUUCACCGGCCAGACGCUGAAGCAGGCCGGACUGCUGCCGGCAGUACAGGACGCAUGGACCUGUACGAUGAAGUACAGUGCCCGCGGUUACAAGUGGGCCGAGGCAAACGUACCGGUGUACUAUCAGGCUACCAGCAAGGCCCUUGGACCAUACGUAGAAUUUUCGAUAGAUUUUGGUAAAGUUCUCUGGAAUGGCACGAAGAAGGGUUUCGCAAAUGCUAAGUUGCUGGUCGGACAGAAGCUACCAGUGGUGGCCGAUUUUAUUGAACAGUAUGCACCGGGAUUGCCGAAAAAGAUUGGUGAUGCUUCAUGCGCGUUCUGUGACACCGUGAGCACCUUCGCGUCCAAUGCGUACAAGCAUACGUACGAGUUCUUCAAAACACAGGUGUUUGUUGGGAAACUUUCCAUGGAAAGCUUGGGAAAAGCCUACAACAAUACCCAACAGGCUGCUGCUCUGUACUAUAGUUGGUUCAACGAUCAGGUUGAUUUCUAUGCCAAACUCAAGUAGAACGAGCGUCUCACCGUCAGUAGUAGCAGCAGCAGCAGCAGCAGCAGCAGCCACCACAACAGCCACAACAACAACAACAAUAUCCCCUAAUCGAA